UAUUAGCUUGAUUUCUUUCUUCUCCAAAGGAUACGAUACACUAAUUGAUCGGUUAGGGCAAACACUGAUUCUCUCUCUAAAACCCUUCCUUUCAAAAUCUCGAAGCUUUCUGCAACUGCUUCAACACCACCAUGGAUUUGCUCCGAUCAAAUCUCUCUCGUGUUCGAAUCCCAGAACCCACCAAUCGCGUCUACAAGCAAGAAUGCUGCUUAUCCUUCGACACUCCUAUGUCAGAAGGUGGGUUGUUCAUUGACAUGUUUAAUUUUCUUGCAUUUGGGAAGGAUUAUGUGGGUUGGAACUUUGAAAAGACUGGAAAUCCGGUUUAUUUGCAUGUGAAGAAGACGAAGAAGCCGGUUCCGGAAGAUAGGCCUUUGAAGAAACCUACCCUGUUGGCUAUAGGUAUUGAUGGGGGAUUUGAUAACAAUGAGGCUGACUAUGAAGAAACUCAUAAUAUUGUUAUAUUACCUGACUAUGUUUCACUUUCAUAUCCUUCCGUGGAAUUACCGGAGAAGGUAAGAUUGGCGGCUGAUGCUAUAUUACUAGAUGCGGGUGCUGAACGGAAGGAGCAAGUUGCAGCAUGGACAGCUGAUAAGAAACUCGUCAGUGUCUAUGCAACGAAUUUACAGCAAAUUGACAAUGGUGUUGUUAUUCCCCCAACUGGGUGGAAAUGCUCCCAAUGUGACAAGACAGACAAUCUUUGGUUAAAUUUGACUGAUGGAGUGAUCCUUUGUGGGAGGAAAAACUGGGAUGGAAGUGGCGGAAACAACCAUGCAGUUGAACAUUACAAAAAGACAGGCUACCCACUCGCCGUAAAGCUCGGGACUAUUACUGCUGAUCUGGAAGCAGCAGAUGUUUUCUCAUAUCCGGAGGAUGAUAAUGUGUUGGACCCACUUUUAGCACAACAUCUGGCAUUUUUUGGCAUUGAUUUCUCAUCACUACAAAAGACUGAAAUGACUACGGCUGAAAAAGAACUCGACCAAAAUACCAAUUUUGAGUGGAAUAGAAUCCAAGAAAGUGGGCAGGAAGUGGAACCAAUUUUUGGACCUGGAUACACAGGAUUGGUCAAUCUUGGAAACAGUUGUUAUUUGGCAGCAACUAUGCAAGCUGUAUUUUCAGCACGAUCUUUCUCUUCAAGGUACUACAUAAACCAAAGUCUAAAGAAGGCAUUUGAGGAGGCUCCUGCUGAUCCAACUGUGGACCUCAACAUGCAGUUGACGAAACUUGCACACGGUUUACUGUCUGGCAAAUAUUCUGUUCCACAAGUUGAGAAUGACGACAACAAAAAUGUUGCAACCACCCCUACAUCUGCGGAGCAAGAAGGGAUACCACCACGUAUGUUCAAAACUUUAGUCGCUGCCAGCCAUCCAGAAUUUUCUACUAUGCGACAACAGGAUGCUUUAGAAUUUUUCCUUCAUUUUCUUGACCAAGUGGAACGUUCUAAUGCUGGGAAAACUGAACUGGAUCCCGCAAGGAGUUUCAAGUUUGGUGUUGAAGAUCGUAUCUUGUGUUCAUCGGGAAAAGUUGCAUACAAUAGAAGGAACGACUAUAUUCUUUCUCUGAAUAUUCCAUUGCAUGAAGCAACUAACAAAGAAGAAUUGGAAUUGUUUCACAAGCUGAAAGCAGAGAAACUUUCUGAGGGAAAAGAAGUGUCUGGUGAUGAGGUUGUACGUCCAAGGGUGCCUUUAGAAGCUUGCCUUGCAAGCUUCUCAGCUCCCGAGGAGGUACAUGAUUUUUACAGCACUGCUUUGCAAAUGAAGACAACAGCAGUGAAGUCGGCUGGUCUGACAUCAUUUCCGGAUUAUCUGGUCUUGCACAUGCGCAAAUUUGUUAUGGAGGAGGGAUGGGUACCCAAAAAACUCGAUGUAUAUGUUGACGUUCCUGAUAUCAUAGAUAUCAGUCACAUGCGUAGCAAAGGUCAUCAACCUGGGGAAGAGCUUCUACCAGAUGGGGUACCGAUCGAGGAUGAUUCAGAAAUACCUUUAGCCAAUGAAGACAUUGUUGCACAGCUGGUGUCUAUGGGCUUUAACCAGAUUCAUUGUCAAAAAGCUGCUAUUAAUACAUCAAAUGCUGGAGUAGAAGAGGCAAUGACUUGGUUACUAGCUCACAUGGAGGAUCCAGAUAUUGACGCUCCCAUUUUGAGAGGGCGUGGGUCUGAAAGUGUUGACCAGUCAAAAGUUGAUAUGCUACUUUCAUUUGGAUUUCAAGAUGACGUUGCUCGAAAGGCCCUGAUAGCAUCGGGUGGUGACAUUGAGAAAGCAACAGACUGGAUCUUCAGCAAUCCCGAUGCAUCCGUUUCCAACAUGGAUGCUACUGCAUCAAACACUACAUCUGGUCCAAAUGAUGCUGACUUACCCGAUGGAGGAGGAAGAUAUCGACUUAUGGGAAUUGUUAGCCACAUUGGAACCUCAACACACUGCGGUCACUAUGUUGCACACAUCUUGAAAGAUGGUAGAUGGGUUAUUUUUAACGACAACAAGGUAGGGGCUUCCAUUAAUCCUCCCAAGGACAUGGGCUAUCUUUACUUUUUCGAGAGGCUUUGACUCUUGAAUUAGAGUGGGUGUCAAGAAUUGAACUCUGAACAUUUCAACUUUGUAAAGAGGCACACUGUGUUCUAAAACAGGCCCUCAUUGGCUGUCUCAACAUUUUUUUGGGUUCGCCAGUAAUACACCAUUUUAGGAAUUGAGAAUGUGAUCUUUAUACAAACAAUAUGAAAUUGCAAUUCCGGUAUUAAUAGGUCUUUUUUAUGAUAGAACAUUGUGACUUGGUUUGGUUU